AUGUCAUUUGCUAAUAUUGACUUAGAGGCCCAGAAGGAACCAUUGUUGAAAAGCAAAGAUAAUGAUACUAAUUACACUUCUCCUGAUGAAUUGGAUACGAUUAUUGGGAAAACUUCUCGUCAGCUACUGGUAUUUGGAAACCUAAUUUCACAAUUCGAGACACAACGUAAACAAAUAGGUACACGAAGAGACACCCAAGAGUUGAGAAAUACUAUAGAUGAAUUGACAAGCAAAAUCCAAGAGAUGGAUAAAGCUAUUCUGGCAUUAAUCACCAACUUAUCCAAUCUUAUCAAUCUGAAAAAUGGCUCUGCAACUAACGCUAGUAUAUCCAAUAGACAUAUUGUUAUCGAGGAAAGGUUAAGUCAUCAAUAUGACGAGCUCUCAAAGGCAUUUAAUAAAUCAACAAAAAUUUAUCAAGAAAAAAAGAGAACCACACCUUUAUUGACUAGAACAAGUCAAGCGACAGAGGAACAAACAAAGCCUGAAGAUACGUUAACCACAAGCCAGCAAGAACAAGAACAAGAGCAAGAACAGGUAGACCAAGACUUUAUUGAUCAAACUGAACUACAGUAUCAUAUAUUAUUGACUGAGGAGCGAAACCGGGAAAUAGAACAGGUUACGGAGGGAAUAAUGGAGGUAAAUUCAAUAUUUAAAGAUUUGAGCCAGUUAGUACACCAACAAGGAGAGCAAGUAAAUACCAUCGAGGACAAUAUUUUACAACUACAUGGAAAUACACAACAGGCGUCCAACGAGUUGAAUAAAGCAAAUGAAUAUCAAAAGAAAAAGGGGAAAUGGUCAUGUAUAUUGCUUGUUGCCCUUUGUAUAUUUUUACUAGUGAUUGUUCUCAUAGUAGUCAGUUAA